AGCCUUUGAUUUCGUGAGAGACAAGCAUACCUGUAGAUCGGGUUCAUGUCGCUCGGUGCAGAGUCACCCGCUUCCGACGCAAGCCCUGUGAGCCCUGAGAGCGCUGGCACUACAUGUGUGCCCUCAGAGCAUGGGAGCUGUAAGCCGUGGAGUAAGGACCAAGAGGAAUUGUUUCCUCAAUAUGUGGAGAUGACCUUCAAAACAACCCUCUCCAGAGGCUCUUUCAUGCAUCCGGACGCUUGCAAGCCUUGUGCGUGGUUUUGGCACGCCAAGGGCUGCCAGAGCGGCACGGAGUGCAACUUUUGUCAUCUUUGCCCCAGAGGCGCUUUGCGCAGCAAACAGGCCCUCAAGCGCGAGGCCCGGCGCAGCGGUAGUUUGGCGGACGCAGGGCCUGAAGAUCUCGUGCUGGAGGAAGAGACCACCGUGAGCGUGUACCCUUCCCUUGGCUCCUCCACGCACGGGAACGGAGAAUGCCGUCCAUGCGCCUGGUUCUGGAAGGAAGGUGGCUGCAAGAAUGGGAAGGAUUGCAGGCACUGCCAUCUGUGCCCCGAGGGUGAAAUCCGGCGCAAGAAGAAGAUGAAGCAUGAAGAGAUGAGAAUGCUCAAGCGCCAAACCAAUGCCAGCAGCGCAUUGGAUCAGCAGUUCCUGCAGAUGCAGCUGCUUCAUCAAUGGCAGGCUCACAUGUAUGCGGCCAACAUGAUUCAAUCAUCCUUGGCAUCUCUCUCACUUGAUCCCAAUUAGCCACGGCGGGGAAUGAGGGAAGGUUUUGCCUUCAAAAGAGAUAGCUUCAGUCAGUUUCGACAGUUGGUCAUGUUGCACAGUCCCAGUGGCAGUUUUCAAGAUGUCCAGAUGUCAACCCUCGUCAAAGGCGAGCGGUGGCAUAUCUUUUUACCGUCCGGGCCCAUCCCCAAGCAAAGGGGGUGAGCACUUUUGCAGAGCCCUGUCGGGGAGUGAAAGUU